ACACACCCCCUCCCCCCUUCUCCCUCCUCCUUGAACGCUGGGUGCUGGAUGGAAGGGUCGAGUGUGUCAGUGUGCGGUGUGUGCCUGCAGUCGGUCGCUGGAGUUCGAGAGGGCAUCGUUCAGUCACUCGCCUCGCCCUUUCCUCCUAAACCACGCCUCUCGAAGCCAAGCACGAACACGGUGACGACCCUCAGGCAAACUUAAUCUCCGAGUCGUGCAUGGGGGUCGUCCAGUGUUCGACCAACAGUGAUUGUCGUGUGGACUUAGCCAAAAUCCCAAAGGGCCUGAUGACAACUUUGAUGAUGCCGAGCGACUACGGUGCGGAGAUGUACCUUGGCUCCUCUCCCGUCCUCACCUCCGGGUACCUCGCCUCCCAGCCCUUCAUACAUGACUACACCACCCGCCUGUCCUCCCUCCAGACAGCCCCCACCCCCCUCCAGGCCACCCCGCUCCAGGCCAGCCCCCUCCACUCCUUUUGGAGCACCGGCACCCAAUCAUGCGGCGCCAUGGUCAACGGGAACAGCUUCAGGAACACUUUGGAUAACAGUCACCUCAGUUGUUCCUCAGCGUACGCGAACGAAAUCGGUGUGAGGAGAAGUUUCAGGUCAGCAAGUCGACGGUCACCUUCCAAAAAGAAGCUGGAUAAGCUGACGCUGCAGCCCAUCAAGUCUUGCCUGGUGGCCCGACAGGACGAGGGAGAGCCCGAGCAGCUGGGCGCCGUGUCUCCCACCAGACUAAAAAAGAAGGUGGUGUUCGCCGAUACUCAAGGUCACCCGCUCACAGAGAUCCGCGUCCUUACAGAAAGACCAGACUGCCCCCCAAGAUGGACCGCCGACUUCCUUGAGCAGGUGACCGGGGGAGCCAAGGCGGAGGCAGUGGCGGACCAGUGGGAAUUGGCGUUUGCUCAGCCUGCCUCUGACUACAUCGGCAUGAAGGCGAGACUGGAGCGGGACAAUGUUUGCUUGGAGAACGUGAUGAUCAAGGAGGCUGAGGGCAACAUUGCGGGCACUGUCAAGGUCCGCAAUCUGUCAUACAACAAGACGGUCAAGGUAAGGUUCACCAUAGACAACUGGGGUUCCCACGAGGACAUCGAGGCUACGUAUGUCCCCUCUCGUUGCACAGCCACGGGCGCCUCUUACGACCUGUAUGACACCUUCUCCUUCAUCCUUCCCCUGCCGGUGUCCACGCAAGCAGACAAGAUCGAGUUCUGCGUGUGCUUCUCCAGCGACAACGUGGAGUACUGGGACAACAACAACAGCAAGAACUACGUGGUCGUAUCGUUCAGACCCAAGGUCAGCCCCAUGGAGGGGAAGCCCAAGGACGUGUACGACGUGCACAUAGACGCCUGGAGCGAGUUUGCGUCCUGGAACCACUUGAACAUCAACGACUCCCCGUACUGGUGAGGACACUCGGCGCAGGAGCAACAAGGGAUCACGCACCGGAACGCAACAAGCCGAAACUGAACAAGACACGGAUAAAACAGAGUUAGGGAGAAGGGAAAAUUAAGAAAGAGAGAGAUAUAAGAAGACAGAGUGAAAGUUACAAGUAGGGUACCUAGAAGGAGAGAUAGAGAGAGAGAAAUGUCAUUAGAAAUGGAAGUGUUACACAGUCGCAGCCUGUAGUUCCAUAGCUGUGGUGUGGUGGUGCUACAACUACACGUUGGUAUUGUCAUGCUGGUAUCUUAUCCCCUGUAAGAAAGCGAUUCAUACACAAGGAAGAGAUUUUAUUGAAGAAUGAGUGCUGCUUGUGGUCGCCUGCACAUGAUACACGAUACACCCACACAUGCAGUGGAAGAAGGGAAUAACUUGAGAAUUGCAUACAUGGAGCCCCACGCUAAGAAAAUUAAAAGAAAAUAAUAAAUAAAGCCUAAUAUUAACUCCCUAUACAUAAUCACCUUUAGAAAUGUGUUAUCAGCGAGAGAAGAAAAGAUCAUGUAAAUAUGUAACAAGUCAAGAGAAGUGGUGAGUGAGUGUGUUGUACACCGGCGGCGAGGUCUUCGUCAGCGCCUACAGGUAGCUGCAUAAGGCUCCAGUAACCCCUGGGUCGAGGAUAGUGGUGGAGGAGUUGCCUUGCGGGUUCUUCCGUCGGCCCCUCCUUCAAGCCUCAUGAGCCGCACGAGGGGCCUCAGGGGGCGUGGGUCACCAAGAAAGACUCGGAACCCGUCGGACAUCGGUAGCGUGACAGCAGCGAUGUAUUAGAAUUUGUGAAGCUACUAGUCAUUCAUCGCAAGGCUCUGAGUCCUGGUCUGCACCACAACCGCCUCGGCCACCACCACCACCACCACCACCACCACCAGAGUACCACAACACCACAAACAGCACCAUAAUCAAACAACAACCACCAUGACAUCCUUUAAUUCUUCCCACCACCGCCGCUGGACUGCUUACGGCCCAAGGAGAAGAAAACGGAAAACAACAAAUAUACUCCCAGCAGUUUCCUGUCCGCGCCUUCCCCGGCAGGAUAGGGGACGCUGAGGAAGGGCGGGGCGAGGUUGAGAGAUGACCCCAGCAGCCCGUACAAGAAGAGGCUGAGCGAGACAUCCCGGCGUUUGGAAAAUGAGAAAACGAAGGUGAAUGAAUCGGGUCUGAGUGUAAGAGUUGUGAAGAGAGGGUUUGCAAGGAGGAGCAGGUGUGAAGCAGGGGCCGCCAAGCAGGGACAGCGAUCACCAGUGGCUUAGUGGUCCGCUCCCACACGGAAAUUCGUCUGUGAUAAAGAAAAUUGUGAAUAACUGCACACCGCUGCUUGCGUCGCUGUGAUGAUUUAAACGAAAAUUUAAAAAAAUGUAGAUGUAGAUGACGGGGCGGGCCUAGGCGGUCGGGACAGCGGGCGUAGGGUGGGCGUGUGGGCGGGCAGGUACACAGGCGGGCAGGCACACAGGUGAAGGGAUGCGCCAGGUAAUAAUGGACAGGUGCAAAGUGUUUGCUGUUCGGAUGUGUAUUUAGUUGGUUAUGUAAACCUAAAGUGCAAUAUAUGUAUGGGCACCACUUCUCACAGCUUCCAAGGCUGCCCCUCCCCCGCCCUCAUGCCCGCCGCCUCAGGGUAAACCGGCACACCAGUCUGUCUCCCCUGCAGCGCGGCGGGCACGGGUGUGGCUCUUACAUUCCCGCAGCUAAGUAAUGACGCACCAGGCCCUGCCCUCCUGGCACCCGGAUGCCAUCUCGGCUGCCUGGCGGGCACGGCGACCCCUGCGCGAGUUUGAAGCGUGGUGGGGAGCGGCGUCCUAUAUGGUAAGGGUGAGAAGUGAGUCGCGAAGGCGUGAAUCAGGUGGCACAAGUAGAGUAGUUCGCCUGUUGACCAAUGAGAGGUGAUCAGUGUCUUGAUUAGCUUGGUAGAGGCUAAGUGUACAAAUGAUUAUCUUUUCCUAUACUACUAUGUCCCUCCCACCCUCGGGUAGAGCCAGUGUAUCACUCGGCAUUCAUGUGUGAGUUAGCUUAAGGCAGCGGCGGGUCUGCACCUUAGCAGUGGCCCUGCAGCACUUCCUCCCCAGUCCUCCUGGAGGAAGUGAGGAUCUCCAUGCGCGGUGGAGGUUGUGCUGCUGCCUUCCAGGAGGCGCGGUGGCUUGUGACGGAAAGAGAAAUCCCUCCUUUUAUUUAAUCCAACCACGUCUUGCGUCACGCGGGCCCCAUGCACACAGGUUGGUCCCGCCGCAAUCAAGGUGGCAGCUGAGCACAGACUUCUUGGAGAGUCGCGCGGCCAAGGGAGGACCUGAGGCCGGAAGUGUGAGUGUGUGUGAGCGUGCGUGCGUGUAAUAGUGUUUUUCUUUUUAGCUCGAAUCGUCUCUGUUGUCGCCGUGUAUAAAACUAGAAGUAGAAGUGACGCAGAGGGCGCCGAUACGAGACCCUGAUGCGCGAGAGCGGCGCGACAGGCCAGCCUCGCGGCAUCAGCGUGUGUAUGAUAUUGCAUUUGUCUCCCUCCCACCAUGAUAUUUAUAUACAAAGAAAAAUAUAGUUUAGAUGUAUUUUAUGACGCCUUCCAAGGGACUGUGCUCUGAUAAACCUUUCCAAGCCUUGAGUGGAGGGAAGGUCGAGGGCGGCUGAGCGUUGCCACACUCACUAGUAGUCAGGAGUGCCCAGGCGUGCCUUUCACCAAGUACAGGGAGUAGAGGCACCAAGCCCUCGCCUCAGCUAAGUUACCACUAAGGUGGUAAUUGUAGUAGUAGUAGUAGCUGGAGGGUGCAAGGCCACCACCCCUAAAUAGUCGAUGGGGCGAGGCCAUUGUCGUGCUCGCCCUCUCACUCUCCUGUUGACCUCUUGCAACGCUGCCGCCCUCGCCUCUUCAUUUAUGUAAUAAUGACCUUGGGUCGUUCAGGUGAUUCUUAGCUGACGUAACUUAAUUAUAUAUUUGCGGCGGUCAACUCCGGUAUAGAGAUGAUCGUCCUCGUAAUGUUAUGCUAUAGAACGAGUACGUGUAAUGAUGGUAGAUCUAUUACUGCAUAAAACUAUAUACAUAUAUUACUAUUUUUGUGUCGACCUCAUAGUGAGCUUAGUCACCCACUUAACACGUCCACCGCUGUUAGUUUAUCGCCCUACGGGUAAAGUUAGCGCCACGGAGCCUGUCGCCAUCAACUACGAAACACUGAGGGAUGUGAUAGCAUGAGCGGGCGCGCCGCGUGUCCUCGCCGUCCACGCCGCCGGCAGGACACAAGCGGCUGAGGUGUCUGUGUGGGGUGCCUGAAGAAGCGGGGAUGUAAACCCGUGCAAGGAAACGAAACUAGCCUGUUGUGAGGGAUGCGGGAGGGCGGGGGGUGGGUUGGGGGAGAUAGGUUGCAGGGACUCUUGUCUUAUCGCUCAAGGAACAGCAACAGGUGAUACACACACUUAUUAGUUUUUGUAAGUGUCACCUCAGUAUGGAGUUGUCAUGCACCAUUCAACGAGUUGGGUUCCCUGUAAACACGUAUGUAUCAGUGUGCCAAACUAUUUGAAGAAAUGAUAUGCAUAUACAUACUAUAUAUAUAUUUUCCAUGCGAGUGGAUAAUCGGGUGGUCGGUGGCGGCGAGGACGGGGCGAGCUUCGCCUGCACACAGUCGUUGCUCAAGAUGUACCAAGAGUUCCUUUGGUGAGUGUAUUAUGUAUCGCGCUGCCCCUAUGAUGGCCUCGGCCGGGGAGGCGAAGAAGCCACACGGGGCAUCAGAAUCCUCUGGCUUGGCUUCCUCCCCUCCUCCACAGCCGCCACCCACUAUGCGGACCUUAUCGCUGAUAUGUAGUUUGUAAGAGGAAGAACAUCCGCCACCAUUACUGUUAUUAAUGUGUUUUAACAUUUACUCACGUUGCCGUGCCUGCGGCGGCCCCCAGGGGGACGAGAGGCCGAAGCACGCGGCCCUUCGCCCCGGGGGCGUGGCUGGCGUCCCUCUUAUAUUUCUUGGUUGUGUUGAUUUUUCCCAUGAUGGCGGAGAGGUUGCCACUCGUUGCCUCCCUCAAGAAGAAAUGGUAUUCUUAAAUCUUGUAAUUGUCUUGAAUUCUUAGCCACACGAAAAAAAUUGUAAUUAUUUUAUAUUGCACGAUAUUUUACGAUUUUUGCAAACAUCAAAUAAAUACAUGAAUGUG